GACUUUGUUUUGAAAAAGUGACGAAAUCUGUUCCUUGUUCCGACGGCCGGGGAUAAAAUGGAAACGGUUCAGCCACCCGUUUUUAAAUUUAACAGGCGGUUCGCAUUUCGGCCGAGCGAGCCCUUUGGAAGUUUAUUUUAGACGGGUUCGAAAGGAGGAGUGGGAAGGUCUGGGUCAACGGGAAAGGGAGGAGAGAGGACGGGGAGGAACGGCAACUGGUUAACCCGGCAGGCUGGCAGAACUCACAGAAGGGUGGAGGGGCCUCACGUGAUCGCCACUGAGUAGCGAGUAAGCGGCUCACAGCAGAAAAAACGUCGAGCAUGAAUUAGCAGCGGUUGAGACCGGCGAAGCGACAUCGAAGAAAGACGAAUCUUGUCUAGUUCUCGGGCCGGAGAGCAGACGUCUGUGGUGUUAGGCGGCGGUGUUGGUGUCUGAUCCCAUACUCCGCCGACCGGGCUUCCUACCACUCGUGAUACGGUGUUCCAUUUUACUGAUAGCGAUAAUAGGAUCGACUCGAAGGAUAACAAUGACGAGGAGGAUACGGAAGCCACCCUUUCGAAAGAUUUAAUUUUCCUUUUUUUUAAAUUUUAUUAUUAUGAUUUUUAUUUUGUAAAAAUCUCCAAGCACAAAUCGUGCCUUUUACGUUCAUGUCUGCGUUUUUUUUGUUUCGUUCGAGACUUUUCGAAUCAUGUUGAAAAUAUCACAACUGAAUUUUGUGCUUUUCCUCGUGUGUCAUUGUUACUUUUUAUGCUUGAAAUUUGAAAUAAUGAAGAAAUCGUCUGUCUGUGAUCACCGACCCAAGAUUUUCCCUUGUUUCAAUUACCUUGACGCAACAGAACAAUUUAUUGCAAAGAAUGAUUUUUUGGGCAAAAGGACUGUAUGUUAUGACAUGAAUUGGCCUUCAUUAUAUAAAGAAUAAAGAAAAUUAAUAUCAGUGGUCAUGUUGUUAAUGUGACUAGGUAGUUACAUUAUUUAGUGGGCUGUUGUUUAGUCUUAAAAAUUCUUCUAACUGUGUCCUGUAUGCAUUUGGGAAUUAAAUUUUGACUGAUAAUGGCAUUUCGGCUGAAGCCAGCCCUAAUUAUUAUAAUUCUGAUUGGGUGCAUUAUAAUUUCCUAUUCCUCCUUUAUGAAAGGACCAGUCAUGCGAUAUCAUGUAGAAACAAAAACGGAAGAAAAUGAAAGUUCUCAAUUGCAAGACGUCGAUAAUUCAUCAGUAAUAGUUAAUGAGACGAAAGAGGAACUGUCUGCCAAGCCAGCAGAAAAACCUGUAAAACCAUCAUUGCUUUCUUUGAUACAGUCUAUUCCAUUGAAAGCAGUAGAAAACCAAACAGAUAAGACUUCUCAAGGGAUCUUAACAGAAUCAUUAUACGAGGCCGGUUAUGAUAUACCUAAUGUUGAUUUAUGCCCUGAAUUUGGCGAGGGUUUAAAAGUCCUCGUAGGUGUAAUGUCUGCACCUAGUCAUGAAGAUGCAAGAAGAGCGAUUAGAUACACAUGGGGUCAUUAUGCACUUCAAAAGAACAUCGUCCUUGGAUUUAUCGUUGGAAAUUCAAAAAUUGCUUCGUUGAACGCUAUAACAGCAGAAGAAUCGACGUUAUAUGGUGAUAUUAUAAGAGGGAACUUCAUCGAUUCCUAUGAUAAUCUUACAUUGAAAACGAUAUCAUUUUUGAGUUGGAUAGACAACUACUGCUCUAAAGCUCAUUUUAUACUGAAAACUGAUGACGAUAUGUUUAUAAAUUUUCCAAAACUUUUGAGUUUCAUAGACAAGCACUGGAAAACUGAAAAGACUAUACAUGGUAGAUUAGCAAAAAAAUGGAAGCCGAUUCGAAACAAAAGAUCGAAGUAUUGUGUUUCAACAAAGCAGUUCUCCCAAGCAGUCUUUCCAGAUUUUACGACUGGUCCUGCUUAUCUACUGACUGGUGACAUAGUGCGGGACAUGUACACCAAGGCUUUGAAAAGUACGUAUCUCAAGCUAGAAGAUGUUUUUACAACGGGAAUAGUUGCUCAAGCACUUAACAUUAAGCGGGUUCAUGUAAAUGAAUUUAUAAACAAACGAAUCCCUUUUAAUAUAUGUAAUAUAAAAAAGAGUAUUAGCAUACAUAUGAUAAAAUACCAUGAACAAUUCGAUCUCUGGAAAAAACUUUCAGACGGUCGUUCCAAGUGUAAAUAGUAACAUACCAUUAAUUUUUUUAUUUUAUUUUUGUAGAUAAAUAAUUAGAUGAUUUAAAACAAAUGUUUAUGCAGUUAUACUAUUCAGGUACUAUAAACAUAUUAAUUAUUGAAUUGAACAAAA